CUCUGAGUCAAAAGUCAGACCAAAAGAAAACCCAAGAACAUGGAAGAAAAUCAUUCUCCUCUGUUUCUUCCGUCCCUGAAUCUCUGAGAAACCAGAGAAGAUGAAGAUGAAAUCAGAAACAUUAACAUUGGUGUUGGUAAAUCUAGCAGGAAUAAUGGAAAGGGCAGAUGAAUCGUUAUUACCGGGUGUUUAUAAAGAAGUUGGAGCAGCUCUACAUACUGAUCCAACUGGUUUAGGUUCAUUAACUCUGUUUCGUUCAAUUGUACAGUCCCUGUGUUACCCAUUAGCUACUUAUCUUGCUGUUCGUCAUAACCGUGCUCAUGUUAUUGCUCUUGGUGCUUUUCUUUGGGCUUUUGCAACUUUCUUGGUUGGCAUCUCUUCUACUUUCUUGGAGGUGGCUGUUUCCCGCGGUUUGAAUGGGAUUGGACUUGCUAUAGUUAUACCAGCUAUUCAGUCCCUUGUUGCUGACUCAACUGAUGACCACAAUCGUGGUGUAGCUUUUGGAUGGCUUCAGGUAACAGGAAAUAUAGGGACAAUUCUCGGUGGUCUGUUGUCGGUUCUUCUAGCUUCCACGUCAUUCAUGGGUAUUGCUGGUUGGAGAAUUUCCUUCCAUCUCGUUGCGAUUGUUAGUAUUAUUGUUGGAGUUUUAGUUGGAUUAUUUGCCAAAGAUCCUCGGUUUGUAGAUAAAAGUAGUACAGAUGGUUCAAGUUUAGCAAAAUCAGUAUUGUUAGAGUUCAAGGAAUUGUUUCGAGAAGCACAAUCGGUGAUGAAAAUUCCAUCCUUCCAGAUUAUUGUAGCACAGGGAGUUAGUGGAUCAUUUCCAUGGUCCGCUUUGUCAUUCGCACCAAUGUGGUUGGAACUUAUUGGCUUCACUCACAAACAAACAGCACUUCUCAUGGGUAUGUUUACAGUUGCUAGUUCUAUUGGGGCACUUUUCGGAGGAAAGAUGGGAGAUGUGCUCUCUGUCCGUUUUCCAAACGCAGGGAGGAUUAUUUUGUCUCAGAUAAGUUCAGGUUCAGCUAUCCCACUUGCAGGGAUUCUGCUGCUAGGUUUGCCUGAUGAUCCCAACACUGCAUUCAAACACGGCCUGAUUUUGUUCAUCAUGGGUUUGUUCAUAACCUGGAACGCUGCGGCUACAAACAAUCCAAUAUUUGCAGAGAUAGUUCCAGAGAAAUCUAGGACGAGCAUUUAUGCUCUGGAUCGAUCUUUUGAGUCUGUGUUAGCAUCUUUUGCACCUCCGGUAGUCGGACUUCUAUCACAACAUGCUUUUGGUUAUAAACCGAUUCCUCAAGGAUCAAGUCUGUCAGUUGAGGUAGAAAGAGAUAGAGAAAAUGCUGCAUCACUAGCCAAGGCCCUGUACACAGCAAUAGCAAUUCCAAUGGCUCUUUGUUGCUUCAUUUACACAUUCCUCUAUCGUACUUACCCAAGAGAUAGAGACCGAGCAAAGAUGAACGCGCUGAUUGAAUCAGAAAUGGAGCAGUUAAAGUCGGAAAAUCUUCCAACUGUAGGAGACUAUUCUCAAGUUCAGGUUUAUGAAAAAGAAACUGUGAUCGAUCUUGAUUAUGGAGCGGAGGAGGAUGGCCUUGAAGGUGAUGAGAGUGAUGAGAAGACCCUACUUACUCGUGAAUAAGAAUCAAUUGGGUUUAAUAUACCAAGCAGGUAUUAUCUUUCAUAUUUUGCAGAAAUGUAAUUUGUUUGACCUCUUGAACAGCAAAAGAUUCUGUAACUAUAAUAAACUGAUCAGUCUAGGACAUAGUAGGAUCAAUAAAAUAGUUGUUGUUCCACAUACAAAUAUCCUUAAAAACGAUUGAACCCGCUGUUCAAUCAGACUGGGCAAGAAAAUUUUGUACUUAUAACAGGGUGUACAAAUAUAACUUUUUAGAA